GGAGAGAGUGCGCCCAUUUUGUAAGGAAACGGGUCGGGUUUAAAUAAAAAAUUUAAUUGAUUGGAUUCAUCCCCAAAAUCAAUCGUUCGUUUCUUUGAGGAAAAGAAACACCGAAACAAGGGUUUAUAUACUAAUCCCCACGCUCCGGUUCUUAAUCCUCCCUCCGACGACAGUUGUGACAUCAUCAUCGGGAGUCAGUCGGCGAUGGCAGCUCUUCAGUAUCUAGAUUCUCUUCGUAGUACUCAUCCGGAGCUCUCCGAUUGGUAUAAUACGCUUGCCGAUCUGUACCAGAGGAAGCUAUGGCACCAACUCACUCUCAAGCUUGAACAAUUUGUUGCACUCGCUGUAUUCCAGGCUGGUGAUGCUCUCAUACAGCUAUAUCAUAAUUUCAUCACCGACUUCGAGACUAAGAUCAACCUUCUCAAGCUGGCACAUUUUGCUGUUACUGUCUCUAGGCAAUAUUCAGAGAAAGAAGCUGCCAUUAGCUAUCUUGAAGGAGUGAUCGAAAAGCUCCGAGCCACAAAAGAGAUGCGCAUAGAGGAGCCAAUCCUUUACAUUAAGAUGCAGAUAGCUGUCUUUAAUCUUGAAAAGGGAGAUCAGAAGGAGUGCAAGAAUCUUCUAGAUGAUGGAAAGAGUACGCUUGAUAGUAUGACUGACAUUGAUCCGUCCGUAUAUGCCAACUAUUAUUGGGUGUCAUCUCAGUAUCAUAAAUCUCGACAGGAGUUUGCUGAGUUCUACAAGAGUUCUCUACUUUAUUUGGCUUACACCUCCGUAGAAUCUCUGUCAGAUUCAUUUAAGCUGGAUCUUGCAUUUGAUCUAUCAUUAUCUGCAUUGCUGGGAGAUAACAUCUACAACUUCGGAGAACUACUUGCGCAUCCAAUAAUAAAAAGUCUGCUAGGGACAAAGGUUGAAUGGCUCUACUAUAUUCUUGAAGCAUUCAACUCCGGAGAUCUAGUUCGCUAUCAAGAACUAUGUCGUGUUCAUGCAGCUUCUCUUAAUGCUCAGCCUGCUUUAGUGGAGAACGAGAAGAAGCUUUUGGAAAAGAUUAACAUUCUCUGUUUGAUGGAAAUUAUUUUCAGUCGACCAUCAGAAGAGAGAACCAUUCCAUUGAGUAUCAUUGCAGAGCGGACAAAACUGACUGUUGAAGAUGUAGAAUAUCUUCUCAUGAAGAGUUUAUCUGUGCAUCUUAUCGAGGGGAUAAUCGAUCAAGUAGAUGGAACAGUUUACAUAUCAUGGGUGCAACCUAGAGUUUUGGGGAUAACUCAAAUAAAAUCUUUGCGUGAUCGGCUGGACAACUGGGUCGGGAAGGUACACACCGCUUUGAUAUCUGUGGAAGCAGAAACACCCGAUUUAGUUGCAUCUUAAGUCCUUUUUCAUUGUUGUCUCUUGUUUUGUAACAAUUAAUUCUUGAAAGAUGUUAGUCUUUAUGUAUGAUACUUGUUUCAUUUACAUCCUUCCAACGACAAUUUAUUUAACUUCGAAUCGAGUCUCUUCUGUACCUCACUUUUGGUGUCUGAAUCAUGUUUGUACUUGCAUGG